CUUUUCAAUUUGGUUAAAAAAGUCAACAUGGUACAGCGACUUACUUUCCGUCGUAGGUUGACCUACAACACCCAGUCCAACAGAAGAAAGAUAACCAAAACUCCAGGUGGAAAACUUGUGUACCUUUACAAGAAGAAGCUUGGAAGCAUCCCUAAAUGUGGAGACUGCAAAGUAAAGCUCCAUGGAAUUACCCCUGCCAGACCUAAGGAACUGAUGGCCAUGUCAAAACGCCACAAGUCAGUAAGCCGCACAUAUGGAGGAUCCAGGUGUCACAGAUGUGUACGAAGCAGGAUCGUGCGUGCUUUCCUAAUUGAAGAACAGAAGAUUGUUGCCCGGGUACUCAAGGCACAGAAAGAAGCUACCAAGAAAUAAUUUAUCUGUAAAAAGGGGACUAUUAUUAAAAAUAAAAAAAUAAAAGCCAAUGUGAUGUUUCAUGUUUGAAUCUAUGACAUUUAAAACACUGGCUGGGAACAUGUUAUAGAUGAGAUCAAAACAACAUGAUUCACAAGGUUUCAUUUGCUAUAACUUAACCAAGGUUUGUUAAAACCACCUUAGAAGUUGUAGAUUACCAAAGCAUCAGCUGAUGUAAUCAAGGGCCAUAGAAAUCAUUUCUGGAAGAAAAUGGAUGUAAUACCUGAAUGAAAGCUUGGUGACUCAGUUGGUCUAAUCAAAGAUAACACGAGAAAUUGGAAACUAGUCAUUUAUCAACUUAUUUGAUUCUGUUUGUCAUCUCAAUAAGAUGAGACAACCUCCAGACCUCUAUCCAUAUCAAUUGUAAA